CGCUUUCAGCCGGAGCCAAGCGCUCAUCCCGCAGACGAGUGUCUUCGAUCCUUGGCUAAAUUACACCAUAAUUACCAGUGAACAGGCCAGACUGCUCGCACUAAACUAGAGGUUCGCCAUUGCCCUAAGAGCGAGACGGCGGAAUUUGAGAAAAGCUUUGCAUUUCGGGCACAAGUCUCUGAUCUAUCAUGUUGGGGAUUAAUUUUUGAGGUACUACGAUCUGAAGAUCAAAUUUUUUCAGUGUGUGGUGACGCGCUGGGACGAACGAUCUUGAACAUUUUCUGUGAUCGUUUCGCUCGCUGUCGGAACGACAGAAGCAACUCACCUUCUGAUGAGUUCAUCUCAUGCCCUUAUGCACAUGCUCAUUCACAUCUCUCCCCUGAGACUCAUCUUACCGCAAGUCUAGAGAGUUAUUCCAAAUGUCAGGGAGAAUGCGUGAGUAACGGGUUUCUGCGGCGGGAUCUCAAGCUCCUCCACCCCCCCCCCCCCGGGCUGUAGGACACAAGACCCCCUUCCUUCACCCACACUGACCUCAGUUCAACAGGUGUGAAGAUGAGGAAGUUUGCAUACUGUAAGGUGGUUCUGGCCACGUCUCUGGUGUGGGUGAUGCUAGACAUGUUCAUCCUGCUCUACUUCAGUGAGUGCAACAAAUGUGAUGACAAAAAAGAGAGAGGACUGCCUGGAAGAGACACUGUGGUUCAAAGGCAUCAUGACGGGCCAGGGGAGAUGGGAAAGCCAGUGGUUAUUUCUAAAGACCACCAGGAGAAGAUGAAGGAAAUGUUUAAGAUAAACCAGUUUAACCUGAUGGCCAGUGAGAUGAUCGCUCUCAACCGAUCUUUACCGGAUGUCCGGCUUGAGGGGUGUAAGACGAAGGUGUAUCCGGAUGAUCUCCCACGCACCAGUGUAGUCAUUGUAUUCCAUAACGAAGCGUGGACCACCCUGCUCCGAACAGUCCACAGCGUCAUCGACAGGUCACCAAGACACCUGUUAGAGGAAAUCGUGUUGGUGGAUGAUUCCAGUGAGAGAGACUUCCUGAAGCGGCAAUUGGAGCAAUACAUGCGGAAAUUGGAGGUGCCCGUUAGGGUGGUACGGAUGGAGCAGCGUUCUGGUCUGAUUCGUGCACGUUUGAAGGGGGCGGCCCUCUCUACAGGUCAGGUGAUUACCUUCCUGGAUGCCCACUGUGAGUGCACCAUCGGUUGGCUGGAGCCUCUACUCUCUCGCAUCAAACUUGACAAGAAAACAGUAGUGUGUCCCAUCAUUGAUGUGAUCAGCGAUGACACAUUCGAAUACAUGGCAGGAUCCGAUAUGACAUAUGGGGGGUUCAACUGGAAGCUGAACUUCCGCUGGUAUCCUGUUCCACAAAGAGAGAUGGACCGCAGAAAAGGAGACAGAACGCUGCCUGUCAGGACCCCCACUAUGGCAGGUGGACUCUUCUCCAUAGACAGAGAUUAUUUUCAGGAGAUUGGCACAUAUGAUGCUGGCAUGGACAUUUGGGGAGGAGAGAACUUGGAGAUCUCCUUCAGGAUCUGGCAGUGCGGGGGAACGCUGGAGAUCGUAACAUGUUCUCACGUCGGUCAUGUGUUCCGUAAGGCGACUCCAUACACGUUCCCUGGUGGAACUGGGCAGAUCAUCAACAAGAACAACAGACGUCUGGCAGAGGUCUGGAUGGAUGAGUUCAAGAACUUCUUCUACAUCAUCUCACCUGGUGUGACCAAGGUGGAUUAUGGCGACAUAUCAUCCAGAACAGCUCUGAGGCAGAACCUACAGUGUAAGCCGUUCUCCUGGUACCUUGAAAAUGUCUAUCCAGACUCCCAGAUACCACGCCACUACUACUCCCUGGGAGAGAUCCGUAAUGUGGAGACCAACCAGUGUCUGGAUAAUAUGGCCAGGAAAGAGAACGAGAAAGUGGGCAUUUUCAACUGCCACGGCAUGGGCGGCAACCAGGUUUUCUCAUACACGGCCAAUAAAGAGAUCCGAACUGAUGACCUCUGUUUGGAUGUGUCCAAACUCAACGGCCCUGUUAUGAUGCUCAAGUGCCAUCACUUGAAAGGCAACCAGCUCUGGGAGUAUGACCCAGUGAAACUAAGCCUGGUACAUGUGAACAGUAAUCAGUGUUUGGAUAAGGCAUCUGAAGAUGACAGUCAGGUGCCCAGCGUCAGGGACUGCACUUGGGCCCGCUCACAACAGUGGCUUCUCCGCAACGUCACACUGCCUGAGAUAUUCUGAGAUCAGCACACACAAGCACACGGACGGACAGAUGGACAAACUCUCACACCUGAGCUGGUAGAGAGGAGAUAGAGAAAGAGAGAGAGAGGACUGCUUUUCUCUCAGUCCCUGAUGGUCUGUCUUUAAAUGAUCUAAAUGAACAGAACUGCAGCAUUUGUAUAUGAAUCUCCCCAUCACUCCACCUCGCUGAGGAACAGAACAAAAGAUGGAGAGAAAAAGAGACAAAUUUGUGGAGAGAGAAACUUGAGUUUAAUGCUUUUAUCCUCCUCUUUGAGGAGCAGGGGUCAUUUUGGUUAUGUUUACGAGAACGCCUCCCUUUUAGGGUAUCAGUGUGUAUGUUUGUGUGUGUGCGCUGAGAGUGUGUGAGCCAGAUUGUUUUCCACAGAGGAGUUUCAAACUUUUAUUCAUUUAAUUUAAUUAUUUUUAAAUGCUUUUAGAAAUGAAGGGUAUUUAGCACAUGAAGGAGAAGCUAUCGUGUGUUUGAGUGCAUGUGUGCAUGGCGUUGUGUCGCAUAUCAGGAUGGAUCUGUGGAUGUGGUCUGCUAUCUAUUUGCCCAAGCUUAGAAGCAGGGGCUCCCCUACUGGCCAUUGACAAAUGCUGGCAAUGCCCUGACCUGUCUAUCAAUCUUAGUGUCAGCGAGUGGACUACCUUCAAUCAAUCACUGUAUAGAUCUAGAAUCAAUGGACAGGAUGAUGGAUCAUCAGGGACAUUAUAGGACAUGUUUCAUAUCGACAUUGUUCAUGUAAAAAAAAUUACACCGGUGGUGGAAGAUACCUUUCAAGAUUUUUGGAUUUUGGAGUGCCACAUAAAAGCACUUUUCAUUUUCCUUUUCUUUUCUUCUUAAUUUUUUUUUUUGUUUUUUUUUUGUUUUUGUUUUUUUUGUUUUUUUAGGACUUUUGUUAUGUUUGUUGUCUGUUUCUUAAAGGUAUGGUGGUUAUUUAAAGUUAAAGCGAUAGUUCACUGAAAAUGAAAAUUCUGUAAUCUUCUUCUUGUCUUUGUGUUGUUCCAAACCUGUAUGACUUGUUUUCUUCCAUGGAACACAAGAAGGAGUUGUUUAUGUUAGCUUCAGACACCAUUCACUUUUAUUGUAUAGAAAAAAAGAUGCAAGAAAGAAAGGUUUGGAACAACAUAUGGGUGGGUAAAUGAUGAAAGAAUAAACAUUUUUGGUUGAAGUAUUCCUUUAACACAAUUUCAGGACUGUACCUGAACUCACCCAGAAUUGUUGACUUCCUCUGGGUUUCAGCCUUUUAGUUGACAUGAGUUGCAUUAACCAUAACCAGAAAGAGAUUGAUUGUCUUCUGUCAUAUCAUCCAAAAGACAAGUGUUGCUGUGUACAUGUGUGAGAGGUAAUGACUGAAUUCAACUGUCUAUUAUCUUUCUUGUUUACUUUCACUUUAAAUUGUUACUGAUGUAUUUGUGUGUAGAAGAAUUUCUUUUUUUUAAUCAUCAAUUGACACAUUUGACAUCUGAAAAUGACAGUCGGUGCCUGGUGUCAGGGACUAGGACGCACUGGGAGCUGCUCACCACAUUUUAACUGAUGUGUAAAAACAUAGCCUGAAGAGAUUUACUCUGUGUUAUGUCUUGCAUUUCCGAUUCAUGCAUUUCAGUUUUCUGAUUUUAUUUUUAAAUGGUCUGUCAUUACAAUUUUGUGAAUCCAGACCCUCCGAUCUCUCCUGUCAUAUCAGAGGAGGAAUAGGAAAUUAAGACUGAAGGAUGCUGCACAGCUGAGAUGGAUGGAGGAUGUUUGGAAGAUUAAAGUGAACUCCUCUGUUCUGAUUUUUGUUAUGCAGAAUCAGGAAUCAAUCCUGACAUUUUUGCCCUCAAUAACUCUUGACCCUAUCCAGAUGCUUUAACCAAUCUUACUCUCAUCAUAUACUCAGCACUGUUUUAUUACUGGAUACAUGAAAUCUGCAGAGAGAGAGAGAGAGAGUGAGUGCCAUAUUACUUUCACAUAUCCAGCUGUAUAAUGAUUCUAAAUAAAUGUAUGAUUCUGAAAAAGAUUCUAAAUACAGAAUUUAAAUUCUUAGAUUCUAAAUAAAGAUUUUGAAUAAGAAUUCUAAGGUUCUGAAAAAUAUUCUAAAUAAUCAUUCUAAAUUCUAAAAGAUUUUAAAUACAAAUUCUAAGAUUCUGAAAAAGAUUCUAAAACAAUUCUAAAUACUUAAUACAAUUUUCAGUUGCACAGGGGGAGAUGAGCUGAGGAAGAUAGUGUCAAGUAUUUGGACAGGGCCCAAGGAUCAUUUGUAGACAUGUCAGUAUGAAUGAAUGUGCGUGUUUAUAUCUGUCAAAGGGAUGUCUUUCAUUCUUUCUUUUUAUUUUUUAGCCUGUUAAGGGUCUGGUCUGCUGAUUGGUGGGUUAGCGUGCCCCAUUUUGAGAUGAUCCACAGGCUGCAGAAAUAAACCACGGAAAGUUUACAGUCUAACUUCUCUUCUGUUAGUGUUUGAUGUCUAGUUCAUACUCAUAAUUUCACAUUGUGAUAAAAUCUCAGAAAUGAUCCAAAACCAUGCUGUUGUAUCAUUUUUUUAUUUAAGUUAUUGGUUUGUUGAGAACAGAGGGUUUUGAUUCCAUUGCAACAAAAAACAUGUUGUCACUCAAGCAAGGUGUUAAUCAGUAUCAAAAUAGCACAUGAAAGAAUGUUCCAUGAAUGUAUUCAACUAUUAAUUGCUUCAUAACUCUUAAGGAAAACAUUUAGCUUUUUGGUGUGAAGUUCAAAUUAGGUUUUCAUGGCUUGAGUUUGUAAGUGUAACCAACAUUGACAAGUGAAGAAUUUAGAAUCAGAAUGAGCUUUAUUGCCAAGUAUGCUUACUCACACAAGGAAUUUGUCAUGGUGACAGAAGCUUCCAAUGCAAGAGAAUGCAACACUGGCGAAUAAUGUACAGAUUUUGCUCUUAUGGAAAGAAAUUGGUACUUUUUUUCACCAUAGUGGCAUUCAACUGAUCACAAUGUAUAGUCAGGACAUUAAUAAUGUGAAAAAUUACUAUUACAAUUUGACAAAAAAUGUUCAGAACUUUUUAAACUACUUCAAAGAGUUCUCAUCAAAACAUCCUCCAUGUGCAGCAAUGACAGCUUUGCAGAUCCUUGGCAUUCUAGCUGUCAGUUUGUCCAGAUACUCAGGUGACAUUUCAUCCCACGCUUCCUGUAGCACUUGCCAUAGAUGUGGCUGUCUUGUCGGGCACUUCUCACACACAUGUCCUCAUAGAAACUGAUAUAUGAUGUCACAGUAUUUGUGAGCUCGUCCAGGUCUGUGGCUGCAGCUUCAAAAACACUCCAAUCAGUGCAGUCAAAGCAGGCUUGUAGUUCCAGCUCUGCUUCAUUAGUCCAUCUUUUUACAGUCUUUACUACAGGUUUAGCUGAUUUUAGUUUCUGCCUGUAGGUCGGAAGAAGAUGAACCAGACAGUGAUCAGAGAGUCCUAAAGCUGCACGUGGAACAGAGUGAUAUGCAUCCUUUAAUGUUGUGUAGCAGUGAUCCAGUGUAUUUCUGUCUCUGGUGGGGCACGUAAUAUGCUGUUUGUAUUUGGGCAGUUCACAUGUGAGAUUUGCCAGAUCUCCAAGAAUAAUAAUAAGUGAGUCCAGGUGUUGUUGCUCCGUGUCGGUGAUCUAAUCAGACAGCUGUUUCAGCGCUGCAUUCACACGCGUGUGGAGGAAUAUAAACACUCACAAGAAUACACGAGGAAAACUCCCACAGCAAGUAGAAAGUCUUACAGUUUAUGAAGAGCGCCUCUAAAUUAGGACAGCACAUCUUCUUCAGCGUUGUUACAUCUGAACGCCAACAUUCGUUGACAUAAAAACACAUUCCACCGCCUCUCGUUUUCCCUGCUAACUCCAUGGUGCGAUCCGCUCUGAACAGCUGGAAGCCCGGAAGAUGUAAUGCGCUGUCCGGAAUGGCUUCACUCAGCCAGGUUUCCGUGAAGCACAAUGCAGCAGAAUUGGCAAAGUCCUUAUUUUUGCAGGUGAGGAGAAGUAAUUCAUCCAUAUUGUUAGGAAGAGAGCGGAGAUUCUGUAGAUGGAUUGGUUUGAAAACCGUGCUGUCGGAGCUUGACCAGUGCACUGGCUCGCUUCCCAUGUUUGCAUCUUUUAAUGCGCUUGUACAGCACCACAGCUCCUCCGACUAAAAUGUCCAACAUAACGUCCGAAUAAUCAAAAACCAGUAAAAGAUUGUUUGGCAUGUGCUGCCGAAUAUUCAGCAGCUCGUCUCUUAUAAAACUGAUUGGAAAUAAAUUACUAAACACAGGACAAACAAACAAAAACAGCAAAAGAACUGGAGAGCUCCAUAGCGAGGCAGUUAUGUACGGUGCCAUCUUGCAGAGACUCAUGGGACAUUAUGCCAUUGCUUUGGGUUGUGACUUGGUAGCGCUGUCCUAAAACUUCUCAGUUGCUCUCAGGGCAUGGUAUCAAAGACAUGUACAGUAAAAGCAUUGAAAUGACAGCUUUACUUACUGUUUGGUGUCUUUGGCAUCAACUUUGUUAGUGUGUUUUGUGCAGCAUGAGUUAAAUGUGGUUUGUCCCAUGAAAUCAGAAGAAAAAAUGAACUGUUUCUAGAUCAGUCAGUUCAGAUGUUAUCAGUAGAUAAUAAUAGGGGGGAGAAUAUUACAAAUUUGACAUGGUGUUGCUAGAGCGGAGUCUGAGAGACAGACCCCAAAACUGACCAUAUGACCUUUUAGACCUGCCCAAGAACUGUCCCAUAUUUCAGUCUUUACCAUACAGUUUUGUUGGCUGCCAAGAGAGAGCAGUCACAAACACUAUAGGGAGCUUGGUCCUUUAUAAAUAUUUCAUUUCCAUUUGAUGGAACAUUUAAAUGCAUACCUACUGCUUCAUUUUACUCAGUGUUAGUUUAAAACUAAGAUCUCACAUAAAUAUACUCAAGAGAAACACUUCUAAUUUCUCAAAUGAAAUCUAAUUAGCCAGUGUUUGCCUGGCGAAAUAGCUUGGGCAUAACUCAUUAAAAUAAAUGUAUUUCAUCUUUAGUUGGAAGAUUAAAUUUAACCACAAACUUUUGAGGGUUAUUUUUGAACUCACCCAGAGUACAUUUCUUUAGAAAUUACAAAAUAUCUGGAAUUAAUUAAAAAUUAAAAUUGCACAUUUUAAUGAAGAACAUACAUGCUAAAUUUAGAUUUACUUGAGCGCAUGCUUUAAUACAUCCCUCGUUUCUGAGCCUGAAAGCCUGGUUUCCCAGAAUCAUAUGAUUUUUUUAAAAAACGAAUUGGUUGGACAAGGGACCCUAGUGAGUAGCAACAAGUUUGGUAUAAACUGUUACCAAAGUGACAGUACAGUCUGGUUCAAAACUGUUGCCUCUGAAGUACAUAUUGAU